CUGUCAAUAACUAAAAAGGUUAUGUUUACAAUAUUUUAAAAUGUAUUUUAUUAUUAAAAAUUAAAAACACCUAACAGGAAUGUCGCAUAAAAUUUUCGAGGCCUUUAAAGUUCUUAAUGUAGAAUCAUCAGACUUAUAUCUGGGAGGUGAAAUAGCAGAAACAGAUAAUUUAGAAUCACUACAGUUUCACAGGGAUUAUGUAUCAAAAAAUAUCCCAGUUAUAUUUAGAGGAGGCUGUGGAAACUGGCCCGCAAUUCACAAAUGGAAUUCUAAAUUCUUCAGGAAAAACUUUGCAACCAAGAAAAUGACUGUAGCACUCACACCAAAUGGGUUAGCCGAUGGGAUAACUGAAAAUGAAGACGGCAUAGAAUAUUUUGUUAUGCCACAAGAAGUUAACAUGACAAUGUCAGAAUUCCUAGACACUUUGGAUGCUCAGGAUGAAAACAUAAUUCCUUAUAUACAGCGACAGAACUCAAAUCUAACAGAAGAUUUUAGUGAAUUAUUGACAGAUGUAGAAAGUGAGAUAAAAUUUGCCAGUGAGGCGUUCAAUAAGAAACCUGAUGCUAUCAAUUUUUGGAUGGGAGAUGAAAGAGCUGUAACAUCAAUGCAUAAAGAUCCCUAUGAAAACAUAUACUGUGUAAUUGAUGGAUACAAGGAUUUCAUACUAAUUCCCCCCACUGACCUACCCUAUGUGCCAUAUAAGCGAUAUCCUCAAGCUGAAUUUAGGAGAAGUGGGGACAAAUGGGAUAUUGUUCCUGUUGUAACUGAAGAUUGUAAAUAUAACAAUGGCGAUACUAACAAUGAUAGUGGAUUACCUUGGAUUUGUAUUGAUCCUCUCAAGCCGGAUUUAUUGAAAUACCCAGAUUUCAAAAGAGCACACAUAUUUAAGUUGCGUCUCUAUAAAGGAGAUUGUCUCUAUCUCCCUAGUCUAUGGUUUCAUCACGUGACACAAAGCCAUGGCUGUAUAGCUGUUAACUAUUGGUAUGAUAUGGAAUUCGACAUUAAGUACUGUUAUUUUAAAAUGUUGGAAAAGUUGUGUGAUAAGUAUUAAUAAAUAAGUUUAUAAAAAAAUAUUAUUCAUAUUCUGUCAAGAAAAACACAUAUGUAAUUUAUAU